UAUUUAUUUCUGCUGACAUUAUGGACAUAUUACAGGACCAAAUAGACGAUUUAAUGGACCGUUUGUCUUUUCCUUUGGCCGAGAAGUAAACUCGGCUUAAAAACAGCGAAAAAGCGAGUUAUCUGCUCUUGUUACGGUAAAUUAUUUGCAGACAACAUGGAUGAAACUGCAAUUGACUUAGAUACGUUAUCAUUUCUACAGUGGUCGCAUACCAAGCGCAGAUUUACACCAAAAGAUGAAUUUUUCAGUGAUGGGGAUUUUGCUUGUGACUUUAUUGUGAAACACACACAUUUAGAAACGCCCGAGGAAACUGGUAUUGAUUCUAGAAUUUCAUCAUUUCCAUGUUGCAUUAGUGGUUGCAAAGAAGAAUUUGACAGUAUCGUCAGUUACGAACAUCACUACAACAGCCUGCACCUGCAUCACUGCUCCGUCUGCAGUCGAAGUUUCCCGACCAAUCAUCUGCUCAGUAUCCACCUUCUAGAGUGGCAUGACCCCAUGUUUGAAAUUCAGGCUGAACACACCGAUAUGCACCAGUGUCUGGUAGAGUCAUGUUCCAUGAAGUUUAAAACGCCCAAACAUCGCCGCAAACACAUGAUUGAAGUUCACAAGUACCCAUCAAACUACCGGUUUGAUCAGGCCAAGAAAACAAGAUGUAUUGCUUCCCAGAAAUCUGCCAGUGGUGAUCAAAACAGCAUGGAGGUCGACAGUCAAAGCCAUCCAACUCCCGCAGCAUCCGGUCCAGGGGAAACAACUCCAAAGAGAGUCUUCAGUUACAAAGUUCCCAAGUCUAUAUGUUUUGGGAAGGGCACAUCAAAGGGCUUCCAGCACACUGGGAGGAAGAAGAAACACUGGCAUCAGUCGGAUAGGAUGGACGCUGAAACCACGGUGAACAUUGAGAAAGUAGACAUGGCCGAGUUGGGAGAGGCUCUUGUUGAAAGCACGUGAUUGCACUGCAGUGAUGGAUCCAGAGAGUAGAGAGGUGUGGUGGAAGGGGGUGUGGUGCACCUUUCCUCAGAACAACUGUUGCUCGAAUAGACCCCCUACGAUACACCUACCUUACAAUAGGAUACCUAUCAUGAUGUAUAAGCCACAAUACAUCAUGAUACCUCAUUCAUGGUGUUUCUCCCGUAAAACAAGAAGUUGAAGCUUAGGUGAAGUGAUUUUAAAAAUUAAAAUAAUCAUGGUAAAAGUGAAAUGCUGAUUAAACAGUUGAUCCUUGGUCACCCUUGACAGUGACCAAAAUGAAACCGGUUGACAAGAGCCAGUUUUCAAAUGAACCACCUUCCAAGAAAAUUCCUGUUGAAGACUCUAAACGUUGUGAAAGUAGUGACAAACAAGGUGACAUUUUCCAGGUGAUGUUGGUUGAUCUAUUGUUUCCACGGAAACUAAUUAUUUGAGAUAAAUUGCAGGGCUCAUCCUGCCAUUGGCCAAAUUAGACAACUGUUACAAAAUUGUAUAUAAAGUAGUUACCUCAUUUAGCAUUUUAGUUAUCCAUUUCACAACUGCAAAUCUGACUGGUGCAUUUUCAGUAGUGCUCAGUAUACAUUUCAAGCUUCUGAAUCGAGCUAUGUUAUAUAUAGGUUCCAAAAUGUUUUAUGGAUUAAAAUAAUUGUUUUGCUAUGGUGAGCCAUUCUCUAUUUUAUCAUAUAGAUUGCAUGUACAUUGGGUAGAUGAACAUUAAUUAAAAAAAUAUAUAUUUGGUUUUGGCAGAGCCAGUUUAUCCUAGUAGAACAUGCUACGAUCCCUGUGCUUCAGGGGGCCCCAUGUUGAUUUGUACAUUUAUUUUCGCCAGGUAAUUUUUUUCCCUGUCCCCAAGGGGGUCGCAAAAUAUAUAUCUUGGGAAGAGGGUCCUGCUGUUAUUUGUGCUUCAGGCCCAGCGGAUCCUUAAACCGGCUCUGGGUUUUGGUAAUGUAAUAACAGCAAUAUUGAAAUGAAUUGAGACAAAUUUAAGUCAAUCAACAGCAAAGAAGGCCACUAAUCGAGUUAAAUUUUCUUUUUUAACACAUCAAACACGGUAAUCUAGUUCGUUCAGUGUAUAAAUGGUUUCAUGUAAAUAGUACCUAAGCAGCAUCUAUCAAGUUUUGUUACACAUGUAUCAUUUAUUUUUGUUAACAAAAGAACAAUAAAUUAUGACUGUAA